AUGUCGUAUGCUCAAGUCUUUCGAGACGCGAGAAAUAAGGUGGACCCUAGGUCGGCGGGCGUCUCCCGGGUCUGUCGGACCCUGGAGGAACACUUGUCAUUGGAGGUGGGAGAGGAGGACCGCAAAUCCAAAGCAGACAGCAAAUCCAAGGCGGACCUCCUCGCCUCCAAGUUGAAAGAGGCUCUCCCCGAAGAAGUCAGGGUGGCUCGUCCAUCCCGAAACGUGGAGAUAUUAGUUUCGGGAUUGGAAGAGUUCACCACGGAGGACGAUCUCUGCAAAGAGUUCGUGGCAGAGUUUGGUGACGGGAGUGGCGUUAGGGUAGUAUCCCUGCGUCGCUCCCAGCCCGUGGGUGGAGUCGCCUUGGUUCGCUGCCCAGCUGAAGCGGCGGCCAAGGCGAUUAAAGGGUAA